AUGGAAACGAUACCACGUAUCAAGAUUGUUGUUGCUGGUGAUUUAGGGACGGGGAAAUCUUCACUAAUUAACUUUUUCAUUAGAUCACUUUAUUCCGAGGAGUUUGAUCCAGAACUGGAAGAUACUUAUUGUAAGCAAGUCACCUUUGAUGAUAAGCUAUACAAUCUUGAGAUCCUUGAUACAGUUGAUAACGAGUUUCGUAGUGAACAUGAUAAAAUCUCCAUGUAUCAAGACUGUGAUGCUAUUAUUUUAACUUAUGCCGUUGAUGAUGCCACAAGCUUGGAUAAUAUAUUUGUUAGAUACUCAAACCUACCAAUCAAUGAAGAAGUUGGAGAGAAUAAACUGGUUUACAAAGACAGCAGAAUAAGACGAUUCCCACCAAUUAUACUCGCAGGAUUAAAGUCAGAUUUAGUGAGCACAAAACAGAUAGACCAUCACACUGGUCAAAGAAUAGCAAAAGAUUUAAAAUUACAGGGGUUUUUCGAAUGUAGUGCUGCUUCUAACAUUAAUGUUGAUGAGUUAUUCAAAUUUGCUACAGAAUGUGGUUUGAAACAUCAGCAAAACGAUAUUGAUCUAACUAAUAUUUAUGCUGCCGAAGAAGAGAGCCAAGGUAGAGGGUCUGAUAGGAAACAUUCCACAUGCACAACGAUAUCAGGCAACCUGGAACCUACAUACAUCAGAAAAACUAAACUGUCUAAAAAUAUUCAGGAGGUAGAUCCAGUAGUGGAAGUCGACAUUCACAAGGAUGAUUUACAAUCAAACCUGAUUGUCAAGACUUCAAGCGUUGUUUCUAAAAAGCCAACAAGGAGGUCAGCAAAGCAAAAUUGCAGAAGCAAAACAUUGAGUCCAGACGCUGUCUCUAGAUGCUGCACUAUAAUGUGA